CAGUCAAACAACAAACGCAACUGAAGUAACAACAGUCAGUCAGUGUCCGCGUACCGUUCACAGUUACUUUACAAUACAAAAGGCAAAUUACGCCCACCGCCCCGCCAUCGCUCCCAUCAAAAGUGCAAUAAAAUUAAAAAAGAAAGUGAUUACCGAAAAUACACAUCAAAAUUUGUGCAAAAAAUAAAGCUUUAAAAAUAUCCAUCGCGUGACGUAAAAAUUGCCCGGCUCUCUUUACACUCGCUCUCUCACUCUCCCGCUCUCUUUGUGAAGUUAUGAAAUUGGUGUUGUUGUUAGAGCGAGGAGAGUGUUGUGUUUAAUGUUGCGUCUGCCCACGCGCGAACAGUGUGUUGAGUGGCUGCAGCUCAUCCUUGUGCUGAUCUCACACAUUUGCAGCUUUUGCAGCAUGUCGCUCACACGCAGCCGUCAAACGACGCUCAAGUGGAUUAAAAAGCGUUUGUCGCUGCCGCGACGCCGUCAUCAACAGCAGCAGCAGCAACAGCGGGCUGACACAAACACGGCAACAGCAGCAGCGGCAGCAGAGGAAGCAACAGCAACAACUGCGACGACGACAACAAGCAGCGAGCCAGGAGCCGAAUUAGUGGAUCAGGGCCAUUUAAGCGAGAUCUUGGUGCUGAAUGACACUCAAAUCGAUGGCAAAAGCGCGACGUCGGCGCCGCUAGCGGUGGCCAUCGACAUGGACAACAUGAAUAACAUGGACAUGGACACGGACACGAGCAACGACGACGACGCCGACAUGAACGAGGCCAGUGCGGGCCACACAGCGCCCAUAGCGCGCAACGAAGAAGAGGAGGAGGAUGAAGAGGAGGAGGAAGAGAUGCGAGAGGUUGUUGUGGAGAUGUUGCAGCAACAACAGCAGCAGGCGGAGCAGCAGCUGUCGACGCUGGCCAAGCCAAAUGCUAAUUAUGUGUGCUGUCAAUGCCCAGCAACAGAAAUAGCAACAACAGCGACAACAACAACGACAACAACAACUGGAAGCAUGGUGAACCGCAGCAAGUCGCGAGUACGCAGCUAUCUAAAGAAAUGCAAGCAACGUCUAACGGGUCAGCAGAGCAGACUAGCAACAGCAACAGCAACAACUACGACGGCAACAAUUACACUGAUCAAGAACGAAGCAGGCGGAACAGCACCCACAAUGCAGCCUCAGAAGGAGUUGAAGGAAGAGGAGGCUGAGGAGGAGGAGCAACAGGACUCCAGCUGUGGCAGCAGGGAUUCGUCCAGCGCCUAUGUCGAGUGCAUGCCGCUUGACUUGAGUCUGCGACGAGCGCCAGCUGCGCCACAGGAGUCCGACGAAGAGUUGGAGGAGCCGCAACGUGAGUUGGAGAUGGAAGUGGAGGUGGUUGUGGAGCACUCAAAUGAGGAAACGCAACUGGAUGCGACUGUGGAUGAUGGCAUGCUGGCCCAACUGAUUGACAGCCAUCUGUCGCACAUUUAUCCCAUCUACUGGGCACGCACGCGUGCGAUUUUAAUGCGCCAGGCACGUGAGCUGCUCGUGUCCCAUUUUGAGGGCUGCCUGCCCAGCUUCGAGCAGCGAUUCCUAUGCAAAUUUGCACAAAUUGCGGCAACGUUGCGCGCCACUCAUCAAAUUGGCGAGUCCUGGUUAUGGCAUCCCGGCUGGCCGCUGGCCACAUCCAAUGGAGCGCUGGUGCUGCAGUUGAGUGACUCUGAGAUCGCGCACGCACUCCAACCAGCCGAACUCUAUCUGUGUGUCAAACUGGAAUCUGACGCAGAGGCCACACCGCAGCUUUAUGUCGUUUGGCGCUCGUCACAGCAGCAGCAGCAGCAAGAGAGGAGCGGAAGAAGUACGAGUUGUAGUGAGUUGCAGACUCACUGCAUCGAUAUAGAUUACAAUAAUCCACGGCAAGAGCCAUUAAGCGUGCUACAGCUAGAAAUGUCGAUGGCAGCAAUGGCAACAACAACAACAACAACAGCGGGGCAGGGGCAAGUUAACGAUGCUGCCAUCGAGCUGCCGCAGUUGUUGCAGAAUCUGCUGGUGAGCGUUGAGCGUAGCAUUGAGCGCGUGUCGCUGAACGAGCUGCAGAUGCCUCUAGCCCUCGGCGAGGAUCAGCUCGAUGAAGCCAACAACAAUAACUUGAAUAACAACAACACAAACAACUCGAACACAAACAACAACACGAACAACAUUGGGUCGCCAAAGUGCGCGUUGCGGCGCAGCGAUUUAAUUACCAAAAACAAACUGUUCAACAACCGUUACAUGCUGCGGCGUCUGACCAAUCGACAGGACAGCAUGAACUCCACCUCGUCGGGCAACAGCAACGCCAGCGAGCGCAGCAGCUCCAGUGGCAGCAGCAGCGCCGGCGAAGAGUUGCACAGCCAUCUAAGCAGCAACUCGAUGAACAACAACAACAACAACGGCAACAACGAUUUGUUGUUGCCUUCCACAUCGCCCGCUUUGCCGUUGUUUUGUUUGGGCAACUCAUUUCCGCACAUCGACAGCGACGAGGAGGCAACGGAUGCCGGCGAGAAGCGUCAAUCUCUGGCGUUGCAGACGGAGAGGGAGACAGCGUUGGAGAGGGAGUCAGAGACGGAACUGUUGCCGCCCAACUCGAUCAGUGAAUUGCCCGAGAAACUGUUGAACAGCGGCGUCUAUUUGCCAGGCACACGCACCCUCCAAGGCGACCCACUUGUGCAUGUGGAUGGCGAUGCUGUGGCAAGCGCGGGCCUCAAUUGCUAUGAGCUGGCCACUCUGUUGCUCUACUACAGCACCAUACCGGAGCGCAGCAUUGCAGCCCAUAAAAGUACACAACAACAACAGCAGCAACCACAACAACAACAACAACUGAAACCCGCCCAGCAAACAUUUACCAUUUUAAUUGCCAUCGAGAAGUCGCAACAUUUAUGCGUAAUCGACUUAAUUUGCCAAAGUCUCAAACUGUUAAGCAAGCAAAUUGGCAAUUGUGAAAUUUUGGCCGUUUGUCUCGAUGCGAAUUUGCUGCAAUUGUGCAACCAGCAGCAGCAACAACAGCAGCAACAGAACAGCAGCAACAGCAAUAGCUGUGAUCAGCCGGAGGCAUCGCCAUCAUCGUCAUCGUCAUCGUCGCAUUUGGUUAAAUUCAUUAGCGUGGACCAAGUCACGACAAGUGUUGCGCCAUCGCAGUUGCCGCGCGGUUUGCUCCGGGGCCAGCAUCAUCACGACGCUGUGAAGUGGCGCGAGUUCUUCGCCCAGCUUGAGGCGUUCCAGCGUCAAUGCUCCGCGGCCGGCGGUCGACUUGUUGCCGCCUUGAGUGACAUACGCGCUGCCGAUUUGCUGGGGCUGCCAACGCGACGACAGCUCUACGGUCAGCAUCGUGCCCUCAGUCGUGCCCUUAUGGACUCGCAGCUGCACAAUUUGCGCAAGCGUGGCGCCACACAGCUGCAGCGCCUCCAGGAGGCAGCCAGUGCCAUCAAUGCGCCACCAGCAACAGCUUCAGUUGCUACCUCCAACUCUGCCUCUGCCUCUGCCUCUAGCCCAAGCAGUUGCAACUCGGAUGCUGGCCAUAAACUGCGGAAGGUGACGCUGCUCUACAGCGAAGUGGAUCGUGCCGCACAGCGCCUCGAGCAGUUGACGGAGCAGCGACGCGAGCGUCUGCGGCAACUCACUCGCCAGCGUGCCCUCGAGGAUGAGAUCAAUGAGGUCACCUCUUGGCUGGCCAGUGACGGUGCAGAUAAUUUGCAAAAGUUUGCACAGCUGCAGCUGGACAACGAGGCAACGCUCAAGGCACAGGAACUGGAGUUUGAAAAGUACUAUUUCAUAGCCAGGAAACACUUGGCCAAGGGACGUGACCUGCAUUUGGCGGCCAACAAGAUUGCCGUGCUCAGCGAGAGCGCUCACAAUCUGAAGACGGCGCUGGAUCAGUUCUCUGACAAGCUGGAGAAGACACGCGAACGCAUCGAAGGCGGCGCUCGACUGCUGCAUCUGCUCACACAGCAUCAACGCGAAACUGCGGCCCUGGACGAGCUGCAACGUUUAGCCGAAGAGCUGGGCGCCACGACGCUCAUCGAGAAGCAUCUGCCGACCAUGCGCAAGACCAGCGCGUUGCCCACAGCGAGCAGCACGCCAGGACCGACGACUGCGAAGCGUGGCAGCUAUCGCUGCAGCUCCGGCAAUGGCAGCUCCUUCGAUGGGGCAACCGGCGCUGGUGGCAGCAGUCACUGCAGUUGCUGGCGCGAGAGUCGCAAUCUGGAGGAUAUGGAUGAACCCGAGGAGGAGCAUGACAACGAUUGCGAUGCCGAUGCUGAUGGCGAGGAGCAGCAAUCAAAGAUUGCUGACUCGGGUGUCGGUGUCUGCGACAAUUGCGAACGCAAUCCGAAGCUGGCGCGCAUUUGCUCCUGCCAGAGUCUCAACGAGAAGAGUCACGAUGAGCUGCUCGAGGACGAGUGCUUUGACCGCCCGACGAAGCGCUACAUGGACAUGCAUUCGCCCAUGGAGGCGAAUGCCCAUCUGCAGUGCCAUGCCUCCAGUUUCGAGCUGACCACACUGGAGGAGCUCAGCUGUUUGGAACCAAAAAUACAAAAAACGCUUCUAUUGAUCAUGCGCGAAAUGAUUGGUACCGAACGCGACUAUGUGCGCUCCCUCUACUACGUCAUCGAGAACUACAUCGACGAGCUGCUGCGCGAGGACAUCCCUCAGCCGCUGCGUGGUCAGCGUAAUGUGAUCUUCGGCAACAUUGAGAAGAUCUUUGAGUUUCACAAUUCGCACUUUCUGGGCGAACUGGAACGCUAUGAGCGCAACCCUUUGAAAGUGGGCGCAGCUUUCCUGGAAAUGGAAUCCAAGUUCUAUCUGUAUGCGCUGUACAACAAGAACAAGCCGAAGAGCGACACGCUGCUCAGUGAAUACGGCAGCUCGUUCUUUAAGCCAAAGCAGCUGCAGCUGCAGGACAAAAUGGAUUUGGCAUCGUAUCUUCUGAAGCCAGUGCAACGCAUGGGCAAGUAUGCGUUGCUGUUGCAACAGCUGGUCAAGGCCGUGAAGAGUGUGGAGGGUGCAGCGUUGCAGGAGAUUGCCGCCGAUGUGGAGGAACUGCAACGGGCCGAGGAGAUGGUCAAGUUUCAGCUGCGCCACGGCAACGAUUUGCUGGCUAUGGAUUCUCUGCGCGAUUGCGAUGUGAAUGUGAAGGAGCAGGGGCGACUGCUGCGACAGAACGAGUUUCUGGUGUGGCAAGGACGCGGGGGCAAGAAGACGCUGCGUCAGGUGUUUCUCUUCGAGGAGCUGGUGCUGUUCGGCAAGGCACGACGUUUUCCCGAUCACAAGAAUUUGGACAUUUACAUCUAUAAGAACAGCAUCAAGACUUCGGACAUUGGACUCACAGCGCACACGGGCGAUUCGACGACCAAAUUUGAGAUUUGGUUCCGCAAACGCAAGCCGGACGACACUUGGACGCUGCAGUGCAUGUCGGAGGACAUUAAGAAUGCCUGGACCGAGGAGAUAUCGAAACUGCUCUGGAAACAGGCGAAGCGAAAUCGAGAAAUUCGCCUGGCAGAGAUGUCCUCGAUGGGCAUUGGCAGCAAACCCUGCCUGGACAUACGUCCCAGCCACAAUCAGAUCAGCGAUCGCUCCAUACCGCUCGCUCAGCUAAACAAAACACCGAAGCUGCGUCAUGCAGACCCUGGCAAGGGCAGCAUGCGACGUCCCAAUUCGCUCAUCUCGGAGAGUUCGCUGUCCAGCGGCACCAGCACCACGAGCAGCUCCUCCAUUAGCGGCGGUUGCUCAUCCUCUGUCCACGACACCGUCACCCGCCACAGCCUCAAUCUCAACUUUGGCAAACUGAGCAGCAACAGUAAUGCUGUUGGAAGUAGCAACCUCAACAACACCUCUGCUACCUUGGAACUAAUCAACGAGACGCAAGCGUUGAAGCUGAGCCACAGCAGUGAGGCAGAGAACCGCAUGAGUGCCAGCACCAGCACUCCCUCGUAUGCUAGCAGCAGCCACAACAGCAACAGCAACACCAACAGCAAGAGCAACAAGCGUCAACACAAACGAUCCACGACAAUUGUCAGCCAGCUGUCCAUGGAAAGCGGCAUACUCUCCGAUAUAUCUGUAACGCCGGAUCAGGAACAUACACACUCGGCCAUGGAGCAGCUGACGGGCAGCCGCGGGAGCUGGUCAACGGCAUCGGGAACAGCUGCAUCGAUGGCCAGCACCAGCAACUCGACUGUCAUAUUGCGACGCUACAAAUCCUAUGCGCAUGCUGCCGAAUCCGCCGAUCCAGAGAUCAAUAAAUAAAACAAUUCUCUAGCGUAUCGCAUUUCGAAGAAAACAAACAAAACAAUGUAUAGCUUUAGCAAAAAAAAAAAAAGGAAAAACAAACAACAAAAAAAGAAAG